AAGCAUAGAUUUCAAAGCUUAUUGAGGUUGAUUUUUUUUGUACUCACGUUCAAACUUAAAAUAACUUCCCUUUCAGUAUUUUAACAAGCGCGUGACGACUCAAUUUUACACAGAAAACAAUUUACGAAUGUUGAGGCACAUGUAAGUUUGUGAAUGAUUAUAAUGAUACUGACGCGUGGUAGAUAGUAUGAUUAGAUGAUAGACAUGUCGAAAGAGAGAGAAACUGAUAAAGAGCUUCAAUGACUCAGAAAUACUGUGGCGGACUAUAGUGGAAUGUUGUAGGAGAUGAGUCUGCAGUGCGACUGAUAAAACAGAAAAUAGUUUGGAAUACAAAUUUGAAAAAAGAAUGGUGUUUGGUACAUCUAUUGCAUACAAAGGACAAAGAUAUAAAAAGUUAAAGGCAGAAUGUCUUAGAGGCAGUAAACUUUUUACAGACCCCGAAUUCCCUCCACAAUCUAGGUCAUUGUAUUUCAGUAGACAUGCUCCAGCAGACAUUGUAUGGAAAAGACCACAAGAUAUAUCACAAAGUCCUGAAUUCUUCACUGAAGGAGCCAGUGCAGAUGACUUUACACAAGGAAGUAUUGGAAAUUGUUGGUUUGUUGCAGCUUGUGCUUGCAUUGCAGAGGAUCACAAACUCCUAAAGAAGGUUGUUCCUGAUAUACACCAGCAAGGAUGGACAAAGGAACAUCAAUAUUGUGGAAUAUUUCAUUUUAAGUUCUGGCAGUGUGGUCAGUGGAUAGAUGUAGUAGUCGAUGACUAUUUACCUACAAGAUAUGGCCAGCUUAUCUAUCUUCAUUCUAAAACAAGAAAUGAAUUCUGGUCAGCAUUAUUGGAAAAAGCUUACGCAAAACUUUUUGGAGACUAUGAAUCUCUAACAGCAGGAAAAGCAAAGGAUGGAAUGGUAGACAUGACAGGGGGUGUUGGUGAAUCUAUAGAACUAGAGGAUUAUAGAACCGAAGAAUUGAAAAAGAAACUAUUCAAAAUAUUACGCUCUUCAUAUGAAGACAGAUCAUUGAUGAGUGCUUCAAUAAGGGCAUGCGGUAAUGAAAUGGAAGCUGAAAUGUCUUGUGGAUUAGUGAAAGGACAUGCAUACAGUGUAAACGCCGUAAAGAAAAUACGACUUGGAAAGAGUCUAAUCUCUGUAUUUAACAGAGAAAAGAUAAGGAUGAUCCGAUGUCGUAACCCAUGGGGUGGUACAGAAUGGAAAGGUGCAUGGAGUGAUGGUUCACAAGAAUGGAAAAAGGUUAGCGAGAGUGAAAAGAAAGCUUUGGGGCUUACCUUUGAUGACAAUGGAGAAUUCUGGAUGUCGUUUGAAGAUUUCUGUCGAUAUUUUACAAGUAUGGACAUUUGCCAUUUAAUAAAUACCUCUAUAUUUUCCUUGAAAAAGACUUGGAGGGAGGGAAAGGCAUUAAGCGAAUGGCGAAAACUAGACAGGUGUGGUGGCUGUUCAAAUAAUAGCACAUUCCUCAACAAUCCACAGUAUAUAUUUGAUGUGAAGCAACCUAACGAUGAAAUCAUGGUUUCUUUGGAGCAGUGGGAUAAACGAAUAGACAUGGAUAAAGGAAAGGCUAAUGAUACCAUCGGAUUCACUAUAAUGAAGACGGACAUGAAUAGAAAAUUCCGGAUGCACGACCGACUCACCAAGGAACAUUCUGGUCCAUUCUCAAAUGGUAGAAGUGUAUUUGCUAGGGUACCAUUAACACAAGGAAGAUACUGUGCUAUUCCUUCAACUUUUGAUCCUGGCAAAUUAGGAAAAUUUGUUUUUAGAAUGUAUAGUACAUUAGACAUGGAUUUACGAGAACUUGUUUUCGAUAAACCAAAGCAUCCCGAAUGCUGUGGCUUUCAAGGAUUUGCAAAACCUCAUAUUGGAGCUAUGCAGAUAUCUAUUGUGCGAGGAACAAGUUUACCACCCCAGGAUAAAGAUGGAGCUGUUGAUGGGUAUUGCAUAAUUUAUUGUGAGAAGAAACAGUUAACAACAAAAGUUGUAAGAGAUACAGUGAAUCCUGAAUGGAAUGAAAGAGUCACAUUUUACUUGAAGAAACCAGACGAAGACAUAGUAAUAGAGGUGUGGAACAGCAACAUGAUAAAGGACGAAUUUGUUGGACAGUAUACAAUACCUAUGAGUGAUCGAAGGUCGUAUAAAGGUGGAAAUGUUAUCAGCCGUUUUGAACUAUAUGGUAAAGGAAAAGAAUCCACGGAACAAAAACAAGGGUUCAUAUGGCUCAAGCUUUUUUACACUGAAAAGAUGGACGAAGUGUGAAGCACACAAUAUAUGAUGUCUUGCUCAUGCUACAUGGCAAAGUAUAAUAUCAGGCUUCAUGUCGUAACAUGUAUAUGUAAUCACAGAGCGUUUUGUUGUCAGUCAGGGUGUUUGAAUGGCUAGAACGUGGAAUUGUUGAUUUAUUAUUAUUUUAUCAAGGGUUAGAAAUUGAGAAAAAUGCAAAUGACACAUUGAAAGAUAUCUCCCAUUCAUUUAUUGUUGUUUUUAAUUUUGUCACGUUUUUUUUCCUGUAUGUGAUUGAGCUUUUGUUUUAGUUUUUACAUUUUAAAAGGUUAUUUGUAUACAAAGCAAAAGCUUGUAGAUUAUGUACCUUAAAUUAGAUAAUUAUGUACCUUAAAUUAGAUAAUUAUGUACCUUAAAUUAGAUAAUUAUGUACCUUAAAUUAGAUAAUUAUGUACCUUAAAUUAGAUAAUUAUGUACUUUAUAUCUAUAUUAGUUUUAUUUAUAACUCUAGGAUUAUUUCAAUGUUUGUCUUGAGAUUGAUUUUUACAUACGGUAAUAUAACAUGAAUACGUUUUGAAGUAAGUAACUUUUAAAAGAAAAAGUUUGAAUUAGAAGAACAAUUUGAAUAGUUAAUGUGUGAAAUAGUUUGACAAUUAUGAUGAUGCAACACCAAAUAAAAGUCAAAUAUGAUAGCAUUGUAAAACUGAAAGACUAAAGACAAUAAAGUUAUGCUCAAUG